AUGCGUUUCUUCGCCGUCGCCACCCUCUUCUCCCUCGCGGCCGCACUCCCAUCCCUCGCUCCCGCACAGCAGGACACAUCCGUGGCCCGCCGCGGCGACGACCUCAGCCUCAACCUCGCCGCCCGCGAUGACCUCUCCCAGAGACAGGCCGGCCUGAUCCCGUUCGACCAGACCCUGCCCUGGCCCGAGACCAGCGUCACGGGCGGCGGCCAGGACGCCCAGUUCCAGGCCACGAACCUCGGCAACGGCAAAUACGAAUUCACCCUCUGGGCCUCUGCGCCCGAGAACGUGGGCAACCUGAAGUUCCGCAUCUCGUACGGCGGCAAGACCCUCGCGGAGAAGGUCUUGCCCCAUGCCGGCAAGGAUACUGUCACCGUGACGAAGACGGGCGACAACUUCAACAUGUGGAUCGAGUUGGCUUGA